GCAGGAAUAGCUUCUGAGAGGGAGUCACGAACUGCUGAGGCACCAAAACACGAAAGAUGUCAUUUGCCAGUGACAAACUGUACAAUGGAUACUUGCGGCGGAAAAUGCCGACAAUUGCUACCAAGGUGAAAGUGAGAGAAAUAUUGGUCCAUCUGCCUUGCUUGACUUCUCAAGACAGGGAAAACAUAGAGGCAAAAAGAGAGAUUUGUGGGAACUUUGACAGCAUAGUGCUUCUUCUGGACUGUCUGAAGAGAAGAGAGAACUGGCCAGAGCAGUUCAUCGAAGCACUUGAGGCCCUUGAGCAAACAACUUUAGCAUCUGAGAUUAGAGAUGAAUACAACAAGCUGAAAGGCACCGAUGAUUCCAACCCCAGCUCCCCUUCAAUGACUGUCGUCAGGGCACAUGUCCAUCCAGCACCAUCUGCCAGUCAUCUGUCAACCCCCGAGAGUGCUGCAAACAAUCCAGCUGCUGUUGUUCUGCCAGCUGAAGCUCCGCCUGCUGAAGAAUCAGCUCCUCCAGAGCCUGCUGCACAGGCCUCACCCGCUCACGAAACCUCUGUGCAGCCACAAGCACCGCAGAGCUCAGCAGACAAAGUUCCUGAGGCUGUUUCUCCACCUGAACCUGCUCCUGAGCCUCCACAGCCAACUCAGAAUGAAGUGGCACCACCUCCAUCAGCACCUCACACUCAGGCCACUGAAACCCCAAAACCUCAGAAGGAGAUUAACUCUCACCCGGAGCCGGAGGAACACUCAGACAUCCAGGAUUACUCUGGUGAUGGCGGCGUGAUCCCUCAGGACUCUGGUCCUGUUGAGCAGUGUGAAACAGAUGCUGCAUCCCGCCCAGAUCCUCUCCAAAAAACAACAACUGACACCACAAAGUUCAGUCCACCCCAGAGUCCCUCUCUAAGUAAGAUAAAUUCAGAUGUAACCGAUGGAUCCUCUUUCCUCACAAAUGACACCACCCCUCCUGUGGACAUAAAACCUGCUGCCGUCCUGCAGCCUGAAGAGACAUCUGAACCUCCUGCUUCAAAGGUUGGUGAAAGCAGCCUGCAGUCAGAAACUGCAGCUAUAACCUCCACCCUGCCGGAUGCUGCUGAGAUGGACGCUUCGCUCUGUGCUGACAGCACUGUGUGUCUGAGCAAGCCGGGCCCUAAUCUCCCUGAACCCAGCUCAACACUGCAGCCCUGCUCUGGUAAUAAUGAGCGUCUGGAAAUAAGUGAAGCUGCACCGGACAACGUGACCUCUGCCCACCUGCCUGCAUGCUCUGCUGUCACCUCCACCACUGUGACUGCAGCGUCUGCACUGCCAUGCCAGGAGAACGGGAUUGCUCUUAACCAUAACGAACCGGAGGAAAACCACUAUGAGUCUCCCAGUCAGGUUCUGGAGGUGCUGGAGAACGUGGUGCAUGUAUCAGAGGAGCCGUCGAUCCUGAACCUAGAUGGCCAGAGCUCAACACCACACAUUCAAAUUGUCAACGGUGGAGCAGCCAAAGAGAUCCCCUCUGGACCACCACUGUCCAACAAUGCCACUGAUACUGUAUCCAGUGUAGAUGCCCUCUCCAGUGACAACCAUCAGCCCUCAGAGCCUGCAGCAGCUGAUAUUUCACCAGAGACACUGCAGGAUUCACAGGAGAAGAAGGGCUCUCGCAACCUGCCAACUAAUACAAAGUACAUUCUGACCGCUGCAGGAGUGGGCGCCUGUGCACUGCUGAUGGCGUGGAGGUUUAAGAAUUAAGGGGAUUUAAUACCUUUUAAAGGAAGAGAAGAUUAGGCUUUAAGGCUUUUGAAAGAGGAUCCUAAGGUUAUGGUGCCUUAUUGUAGUCACUGGACUGGCAUGGCGAGAGGCAGCUGUUUAAUAAUUACCUUUAGUAAUAAUAGCUGACUUGCUAGACCUUUGAUCAUGUCAUUAAUAACAAGUGUGUUGUUAAGCUUUAC